AUGUCGGACCCGAACGCGCACAUUGACACGGAAGAGGCCAAAUUCCUGCGCGAAUUCGAUGAAUGGAUUGACCCUAAGAUGUUCGAGGACCCCGCGGCCCCGGAUGGGGAUCCCGAAGCUGAGGAUGUCAACCCCCUUCCCGUCUUCGCCGCGCCCUUCGUCGCGUACGCACCCCCACUCCCCCCCACGCCCGCACGCCUAGCACAGAUGGAAGUGCUCCCUCAGCUGGAGCCCUUCCCGGUCGUGCGGGGGCUUUCUUUUGACGACUUUUACUUCGCCCCUCCCUCCCCGUGUCCGUCUCUUGCGGUCUCGGGCACGGACGUCUCCUCGGCGCCGUCCACCCUCCCGCCCCCCACCCCAUCCUCCCUCGCCGCCUCUCCGCUCGUGCUCGUGGGGGACGAGCACAUGGACGAUGCCGUGAAAUCCGUCCGCACCCGCCUGGAUCUGAUGCAGAGCUCGGGUGUGCGCGACGGGGCCGCGCCCUCGAAACGCGAGGGCAAGAAGCGCGUGCAAGCCGCGGCUCCCUACCCCACAUCCUCAUCCCGGAACGCGCGUGCGUCCUCCUCUGCCUUCAGCCCGGCAUCCGACGGCGGCACUAGCCCUGUAAAGACGACCCCGCGGCGCAACCGCCGCGUCGACCCCUCCGCCGCGCUCCCCGCCCCAUCCACGCCCUCGAGCCCGCGCCCGGGCGGCUGUCCCUACUGCAACCAGGACUGGACGUCGAGGUCGUCGGCGGAUCUCAAUCGUCAUAUUCUGACACAUAUCGACGACCCUGAUAAGUGGUUGUGCUGUGGGUUGCCCGUGGCACUGGCCGUCAAGCAUGGGUACGUGCCACAGGACCCUACCUUGCCGGCGGCAGUGCUGCCCAUCCAGAAACAGGUGCGAAAGUAUGGGGAGGUGGACAUGGUGGGCGGGUGUUGGCUCGCCGUCUCUCGCAGGGACGCGCUCGGGCGGCAUCUCAAGGGGUCGGCCGGCUCGCGUUGUAUCGGGGAUAUACAUGGCGCCUGGCUGAAGGGCAACAAGAUUGCGGCUUUAGCGAACGCGGCUAAGCAGAGCGCGAAGGCGAGCGCGAAGGGUGAGUGGUGGGCGCGGCGUUGACUGCUCGCGGGGGGUCGAUCGACAGGGGACACUCUUGGGUUGCGAACGCCCACAAAACCACUAUACCGACCAAUACCAUCGACUGGACGAUACCACAUGUACGCCUCUAUCAUACCAUGCCUGCUCAUCUCUCUGCUACUGUUGUUGUACCACGCCUCCAUAUCCGCACAUCUCUAUCCGUGUUCUAGUAUCUACGUACAUCUCUAAAGUUUCGUUAUUUCUAACUACCUAUAGGCAGCCCGGACGCUGGGAUUUCCUUUGUUGUAGACCAUAUGCUCUGUACUCACCCACUUCUGUACCCACUCAUGUCACUUCUGUACUCACCCGGAAUUCUAU